AGUGAGAUGCGUUGUGGAUAUGUCGGCGGCUAAGUCUGGGGCACGGCGCCGGCAAAGCCAAGAAGAAAUGCCCAGGUUUGAUAGAGGAAGCCAACAAGGCACUCUGCCUUAUUCCACUGUCCCAAAGUUUUCCUUAUGGGGCACAAAGGGGAAGAAAUCGUAGCAGCCAUCACCUGCUCCAAAGAACACCGAGCUAUCGUUUCUCGUCCGUUAGGAAUGGGGCCAGUAUCCCGGCGUCCUCUCGGCCGACGCUUGGGGGCUGGAGCCGCUCUGGCCGGAGGCCGGCGUCUCUAUGGUGCCGGCCGAGGGGCGGGUAAAGGGGCGGAGCCGCCGUUCGCGCUGCGGGCUGCCGGGUGGAAAGCCGAAGGUGGGCGCGGCAGAGCUCCGGGAGGGCCCGGGUGGGAGGGGGACUGAGCGGACUCCGCGAAGCUGCGUCCUGAGGUCACUAAAUUGGGAUCACCACUUAAGUACUUGAAGUGAUCUUUUGAUGUUUCACUUUGCUCGUAACAUAUCAUAAGCUACCUCAUUCUUUUAGAAUCUCUACUUAUGUUAAACACAAGGGUGACUGGGAAUGUAAAUAAGAAUAAGCUGUUUGUUUCCUGAUGGCUUUUAGUAUAUACUGACAUACUGUCUGUGAUGGCGUCUGAGGCUGAGAAGACCCAUGCUUUACUCCAGUCUUGUAGCACAGAGUCUCUUAUUUCCAGCCUUGGUCUGGGGAUGUUUUGCCUAGUAGCCGACAGACUUCUUCAGUUUUCCAUAAUUCAGCAAAAUGACUGGCUUCGAGCCCUCUCUGAUAACGCCAUACAUUGUGUGAUUGGCAUGUGGUUGUGGGCAAUCGUCAUUGGCGUCAAGAAGACAACUGACUUUGGAGAAAUCAUUUUAGCUGGAUUUUUAGCCUCUGUUAUUGAUGUAGACCACUUUUUUCUAGCUGGAUCUUUAUCUUUAAAGGCUGCUUUGACUCUUCCACGAAGACCUUUUCUUCACUGCUCUACUGUCAUUCCAGUUGUGGUUCUGACCCUGAGGUUUACUAUGCACCUUUUCAAGCUCAAGGACUCAUGGUGCUUUCUUCCCUGGAUGUUAUUUAUAUCCUGGACAUCACAUCAUAUCCGAGAUGGAAUUCGUCAUGGCCUGUGGAUAUGCCCAUUUGGAAAAACCUCUCCUUUGCCAUUCUGGCUUUAUGUUGUCAUCACCUCCUCUUUACCUCACAUCUGUUCAUUCGUUAUGUAUUUCACAGGGACCAGACAAAUGAUGUCUUCAAAACAUGGGAUCCAUAUUGAUGUCUGAGCUAACCGUAUGCCAGGCUUCAAGAAGCAGAUGGUUUUGAUAAUGACAAUUAAGGGGAGCUAACACUAUCAAGUGAAUUUUUAACAAUAUAUUAAUUAUUAUAAUUCCUGAAUCAUCUUGCUCAGGAGGCAUGUACACUUUUUAAAAAAAUUAUAUUAAAUUAUAUAUUUGUUGUAAUUCUUUCUUCUGUAACACACUACUACAAUAUUAGAGUUUGAUUUAUCCCAUAAGAGAUUUUGUUUGUUUCUUCUGUUUACCUGGCUCUACUAAUAGAUCCUAGUAGAUUCAGAUCCUGUUAAGUUUUCGGUAUGCGUUUGAGGCAGUCCCUUUCAGGAUGAAGAACAGAUCAAAUCGUAGGGCUACUAAUUUGCAAAAAGUCACAUUUGUAGCGACAUUUUCCUGAGAUACUGCAACAGUGCAACAGCCAACAUAAACGAGAUCGUGUGUAAGAAGUAGAGUGAACACUCCCAUUUCUGUAUUUCAUGUCUAUUGGUCCUGAUGAUGGUGUGAUUGGCCACAUACUUCAGUACGUUGCAAUUACUGGCAGAAUCCUUUUCUGCACCCUUUUGAGAAAUCAUUAUAAUACCCAUAUGAGAUAGUAACGAACCGUAGAUCUAGAUGAUUUUUUCAGGAAUCACUUUAGGAAAUAAUUAUUGUAAUAUGUUGACUGUAGUAACAUCCUGCUCAAGUAUUAAUUUUUUAGUAUCUUUGUCCAAAAAUCUCAUGUGUUACAGUUUUAACUGUUCUGAAAAAGUGACUAAAUUUGACAAAAUAUUUGUUAAAAGUUAACAAAAUAUUGAUACGUGGCUUAUAACCAUGUAAUUUGAACUGACACAAAAAAGGACUUAACCAGUUUCUUCAAAUGUAAAAUCCUGAAUGUGCCAUUAAAAUUGUUUUAGUUGCUGCCAAUUUGUUUACACACUAUUUUAAAGUAUAUCGGUUAAAUAAUUUUUAAAAUACCUGCCUGAUACUGGCAAACAAAACAUGGGUUUUUCAAAAUGAAGGAUUUUUAGGAAAUUUGCUUUUGCCUUCCUUCUUGCAGGUUGAUCUCUUAAAAAUGAUGACCUUUAUUAGAGAAAGAAAAUUUAGUUGCUGUAAAAUUUUACAUUUUCAGUUUAAUAUUCCUUUGAUAUAAAAGUCAGUGUCCUAACAGCACUUGCUUUUUUUUUUUCAGUAUCCUAUGUACCAUUUGCUGUCUUUAGAUUUUCUUACACAUUUGUGAUUUGUAAUGCUAGUGAUUGUGUGCCUUAUUCUCCGAGAGAUGCUGAAGCAAUGCCUUAUCCAAAGCACAUUUUUCUUAUUUAUUAAGUUAAACAGAGCUCUGUAAAUUGUUGUAAAGGUUCACACUCUUUAGUUUUUCUUUUUGUUGUUAACCAAUUAGUUGCAAUCAAUUAUGUUUUAGAAUCUAUUAGAUUGUAAAUCUAAUAGAUCUUUCAUGAGCAAUGAUUGUGUCAGUUUGUUUGGUAUAAUGAAUAUUAUAUAGUGGGGGCAAAUUUGAAUAAGGUAGAGAUUUUUUAAGUAUAUAAUUUCAGAAAUCAAUGGAAAUAAAGCAUAUAUCUUGUAUCACCUUUUCUAAGUUA